AGUUAAAAGUAUAAAGUCCAAUAUUUAACAUUUUUCUUAAUUAAAGUUAAUUAAAGUUAAUUGUUUAUCUGCAAUUUCAUAAUUAAUUAGCACCACAUUCAUGCCAAGUUAUAGUAGAUCUCUAAUUUGUCAAAUACAACUAUUGUACGGAUGACAGGGAUUUUUAACGAAUCGUUCCUAUCCUAAUAUUUGCAAAAUUUGUGAAACAUGGGGGUUUUGGAACAUUUUAAAGAGUGUAAAACACUGCUCGACUAUCUUAGAACGCUGCCAGCCGAUGUGAUAGAAGAAUUAUUUGGAUUCCCAUCUCCUUGUCUUGCAAUUUUUAGAGAACUACCAAAGUUAGCGCAACACUACGUCCUCAGAAUAUUGUAUGUGGAACAAGCCGUUCCACAAGCAGUCGUGGCGUCAUGGGUGUCGCAGGCUAAUGUGAAAGAACACACACAAGCCGUCGAAGCACUGAAUAGAAUACGAGUAUGGAAUGAGGCUUCAAUGCCUGGUGGUCUUCCAGGAUGGAUUCUGCAUCAUUUAUUUCGCCACAAUUUAAAAGUUGCAUUAUUAGGAGGUGGUCAGCCUUGGACAAAUACCCAUAAUAUGGAUUCCUCGGAUCCUAAAGCUAGAUCCAUCAAAGACUUGGACGCCUAUGCGCUCGAGAGAUGGGAAGUUAUGCUUCAUUAUUUAGUAGAAAAACCACAAAAGGCUGACAGCGUGUCUCGAGAUACGAUAACCACCCUCACACAUGCUGGACUAAUGGAACAAGAUGCCAAUAGCUAUCCAACAAUUACCAAUGAAGGUUUCCAAUUCCUUCUUUUAGACACUGCAUCACAAGUUUGGUACUUUGUAUGCAAAUAUCUGGAGACUGUUCGAACACGUAACCUCAACCUUGCAGAGUGUCUCAACUUUCUCUUUUCGUUAUCGUUUGGAACGUUAGGAAAAGAUUACAGUUCGGAAGGGAUGAGUGAACCUAUGCUCAAUUUUGUACAACACCUACGCGAAUUUGGACUAAUAUAUCAAAGAUCCCGUAAAGCUGGAAGGUUUUAUCCAACCAGAUUAGCAGUCAACUUAUCAUCACCUAGUCGGAAGAUUCAUUUGGAUACGGAUAAGCAUAAAACGGGCUUCAUUGUCCUUGAAACAAAUUUCAGAUUAUAUGCGUAUACCGACUCGGAUCUGCAAUUAGCGUUAGUUAGAAUGUUUACCGAUUUUCUAUACCACUUCCCCAACCUGGUCGUCGGGAAUGUUUCGAGAGAUUCUAUACGUCAAGCUCUUAGAAAUGGAAUAUCUGCAGAUCAAAUAAUCUCAUUUUUGAAAAUGCAUGUCCAUCCGGAAAUGAUUAAAACCUCCACAACUCCAAACAAUCCACUUCCGCCCACAGUGGUUGACCAAAUUCGUUUAUGGGAGAUGGAACGCAACCGUCUAACAUUUGUGGAUAGUGUUUUAUAUAAUCAAUUCCUAUCUCAGCGGGAUUAUGAAGUUGUUCGCGAUUAUGCGCAAGACAUAGGAGUUUUAGUCCAUAUGAAUGAUCAAAAGCGGACCGUUGUCGUCACAAAGAAUGGCCACGAUGAUGUAAAAAAGUUUUGGAAGCGACACUCGAAAAAUUCAUAGUUUUAAGAAAAAUAACAUUUAUUUCCUCCGCACUUUUUUCUACUUUCACAUUUGUAGUUUAAUUUUAAUACAAAGGGAUAAAAUAUUUAUGCGACAAUAUAAAUUCACUAAACACGUUUUAUUACUCGUAAUUAAAACAUGUACAAUAUUUUGAUACGCGGAUUAAGUCGGUGCAAACUAGAGCCACGAUUUGUUUCGGGUUUCGGUGCUUUGUUGCAUUAUCUGAAUGUGAACUUGUCCCGUCCUCCACGUGACAAAGGGUUGAAUUGCAAGUUUCUCUGUCUUGUUUGAAUCGUGGCGUUCUGCAAUUCUUCCCAGGAUGAAUAUUUUCUGGACAGUUGCAGAUUCCGGUUGGACCAUGGCAAGCUUUUAGCGACAGACCACGAACCCCACAACUUUUCACGCACGAGUACAAAUCAUCCUUGCAAGUUAUCAAAGGAGUGUCGGAAUUCGUUGGGAGUUUUAUGUUCACAGCUACCAGAAUCUCGUCGUUUUAAUAUGAUGACUAUAGUUAAUUGAUAAGUAGUAUAAAAAUGGAGAGCUUGCCAAAAUAAAUCGGUUACCUGUUGACUUAAGACUA